AUAUUUGACACUGGAGGAAGGUGUUCGGAAAUUCCUCUUCGUAUCUUCUGCUCCUUUUGGACGUCGUAGUUCAAGAAAACAAAAUGGAUGAUGCUAGCCCUCCAGCUCAUCAGAGUCCCUGGGGGUUCUGUUUUUCUAUUCCACAAUAUGACACAGCUCUGUUUAUGCAUCACCAGCAGGACCUGUCAGAAGAAGAAGAAUUAUUAGCCACUUUUACAUCCAGCACAGAGCGAACUUCCCCAGCCUUUGAGAUGCCUGUUGCUUCUACAAACUCUGAGACAGCCAUGCAGCAGGUCCUGGACAACCUCAGUGACCUCCCCAAUUCUAUGGGAGCUGGAGAUUUGGAUCUCAUCUUUCUCCGUGGCCUCAUGGAGAGUCCAAUAGUAAGAUCAUUGGCUAAGGCUCAUGAGCGGCUGGAGGAGACAAAGCUGGAGGCCGUGAGGGACAACAAUUUGGAGCUGGUCCAGGAGAUCCUGAAAGACAUCACUCGCAUUGCUCAGCAAGACAGUACGGCGGCAGAACUGGCUCGCAUCCUCCAGGAACCUCACUUCCAGUCCCUCUUGGAAACCCACGAUUCUGUUGCCUCCAAGAGCUACGAGACUCCUCCACCCAGCCCCAUCCUGGACCCCAUGUUCAACAACCAGCCUGUGCCCCCAGAUGCUGUGCGCAUGGUGGGGAUUCGUAAGACUGCUGGAGAACACCUGGGUGUUACGUUCCGGGUGGAGCGUGGCGAGCUGGUCAUUGCCCGCAUCCUGCAUGGUGGCAUGAUAGACCAGCAAGGGCUGCUGCACGUGGGUGACAUCAUCAAGGAGGUGAAUGGGCAGGAAGUGGGCAGUGACCCUCGGGCACUCCAGGAGGUGCUCAAAAAUGCCAGUGGAAGCGUCGUGCUCAAAAUCCUGCCCAGUUACCAGGAGCCACACCCACCACGCCAGGUCUUUGUGAAGGCCCACUUCGACUAUGACCCUGCCACUGACAACCUCAUCCCGUGUAAGGAGGCUGGGCUCAAGUUUGUGGCCGGAGACCUCCUUCAGAUUGUCAACCAGGAUGAUCCCAACUGGUGGCAGGCCUGCCAUGUUGAGGGAGGUAGUGCCGGACUGAUCCCAAGUCAGUUGCUGGAAGAGAAACGCAAGGCAUUUGUGAGGCGUGAUAUUGAAGUUAUGCCAUCAUCAGGUGCCUUGUGCGGAAGCCUCAGUGGGAAAAAGAAGAAAAAGAUGAUGUACUUGACCACCAAAAAUGCAGAGUUUGACCGCCACGAGCUCCUCAUUUAUGAAGAGGUGGCCCGCAUGCCUCCAUUUCGGAGGAAAACUUUGGUGCUUAUUGGUGCCCAAGGGGUGGGCCGACGCAGUCUCAAGAACAAGCUUAUCAUGUCUGAUCAGUCUCAAUAUGGAACCACCAUCCCAUACACCUCCCGGAGACCCAAAGAGCAAGAAAAGUCUGGGUUCGGCUACUGCUUUGUAACAAGGAGUGAGAUGGAGGCAGAUAUCAAAGCAGGCCGCUAUCUGGAACAUGGUGAAUAUGAGGGAAACCUCUAUGGGACCAAGAUUGACUCCAUCCAUGAAGUUGUUGAGUCGGGCAAGAUGUGCAUUUUGGAUGUCAACCCACAGGCGGUGAAGGUUUUGAGGACAGCCGAGUUUGUUCCUUACGUGGUAUUCAUUGAAGCACCAGAUUUCGAGACUUUGAAAGCCAUGAACAAGGCUGCUCUGGAGAGUGGUGUGGCUACAAAGCAACUCACAGAUGCUGACUUGAAGCGGACUGUCGAUGAGAGCUGCCGAAUCCAACGAGGCUACGGGCAUUACUUUGACCUCUGCCUAAUCAAUGAUAACAUGGAGCGGACAUUCCAGCAACUGCAGGAGGCCUUGGAGAAGCUGCGUGGUGAACCACAGUGGGUUCCUGUUAGCUGGGUUUACUAGAGAGGCACGGUCCCUCUUUUACCUGCAGCUAAAGAGUCUUGGCAUUCCUGUCAUCCCAACUUGGCCAAGGAAUCCAUAUUUCUUUCCUGCUCCUCCUGGCAAGUCUCCUACUUGUCAACCACCCCUUCUUGCCACUAAACCCACCUAGGUAGCCCAGGAUAUACAGGUG